GGAGUGGUUAUUGAUACCAAAAUUUGAAGCAAGAUUUGCCAUGGCAUGGGUUAGUACCACUACCACAACAAAUAGUGGUGUAAUAGUAUUAGUAAAUAACAAGUCUGGAUUAGCCUCUGCUCCUGAUUGUUGUAACAGUAGACCCAUUACCAAACAACACUCCAACAUAUCUUUAAUUUCUUCUUCUUCGCGGGUGACAACGAGAAGAAGAGUGUUGAUUAGGGCAAGGCUGUCAUCCAAAGGAGGACUAGUAAUCAGAGCGGCAAAAAACAUGAGCACUACCGAGGAGAAAUUGGGAAUCAAGAUCCAAAAAAACCCUCCCGAAUCCAAGCUUACCGAGCUCGGCAUCAGAAAAUGGCCCAAGUGGGGAUGCCCUCCAAGCAAAUUCCCAUGGACGUACACUUCCAAAGAGACAUGCUACCUGCUCGAGGGAAAAGUGAAGGUUUACCCUGAUGGGUCUGAUGAGGCUGUCGAGAUCGGUGCUGGUGAUCUCGUGGUGUUUCCAAAAGGAAUGAGUUGCACUUGGGAUGUUUCUGAAGCUGUGGACAAGCACUAUAACUUCGAAUUCAUGAUGAAGCUUAGCUAUUCAAAUCUCAUGCGGACCAAUGAUGGCGAUGAUGGAGCUUGAAGGUCAAUAUCAUGGGGUACUAUAACUUCGAGUAAGCUACCUCGCAUAAUUAAGUUAUAUGCCAACAUCGACAAGCUCUGUGUACUACUAAGUACACUUAUUAAAUUAGCCUUUUGGCUCUAUCCGGUGGAUGUAAGUCUAUGUUCUGUACCUUUCGGAAAAAGAUAAAAAAUAAAAAUAAAAAUAAAAAGGUUCUAUAUGUUCUGUGCGCUACUCUAGUAUUGGUCUUGUUUGGAGGUCAACAAUCUAUUUGAGUGGUUGUAAUUCUCAGAUUCAUGAUGAAGCUUAGCUACUCAAAUCCCAUGCGGACCAAUGAUGGCGAUGAUGGAGCUUGAAGGUCAAUAUCAUGGGGUAGUAUAGGUGAUUGUAUGCGUAGACUUGAAUGUAAAGAAAUACAUUUGAAUAGCUCAAUUCGAAUACGAUCCAUUUAAUAAUUAUGUAA